AUGAGCGGCUCCUUCGAUCGCAAGCUCAGCAGCAUCCUCACCGACAUCUCCAGCUCGCUCAGCUGCCAUGCGGGCUCCAAGGACUCGCCUACCCUGCCCGAGUCUUCAGUCACUGACCUGGGCUAUUACAGCGCUCCCCAACAUGACUACUACUCGGGCCAGCCCUACGGUCAGACGGUGAACCCCUACACCUACCACCACCAGUUCAAUCUCAAUGGGCUCGCUGGCACCGGCGCUUAUUCGCCAAAGUCGGAAUAUACCUACGGGGGCUCCUACAGGCAGUAUGGAGCGUACCGGGAGCAGCCGCUGCCUGCCCAGGACCCAGUGUCGGUGAAAGAGGAGCCGGAAGCCGAGGUACGCAUGGUGAACGGCAAACCCAAGAAGGUCCGAAAGCCGCGCACCAUCUACUCCAGCUAUCAGCUGGCUGCCCUGCAGCGCCGUUUCCAGAAAGCCCAGUAUCUGGCCUUGCCCGAGCGCGCCGAGCUAGCUGCACAGCUGGGCCUCACACAAACACAGGUGAAAAUCUGGUUCCAGAACCGCCGCUCCAAGUUCAAAAAGCUCUACAAGAACGGGGAAGUGCCGCUGGAGCACAGCCCCAACAACAGCGACUCCAUGGCCUGCAACUCUCCGCCGUCACCCGCUCUCUGGGACACGUCUUCCCAUUCCACUCCAGCCCCUACCCGCAACCAGCUGCCCCCACCGCUCCCGUACAGUGCCUCCCCCAACUACCUGGACGACCCCACCAACUCCUGGUACCAUGCACAGAACCUCAGCGGACCCCACUUACAGCAACAGCCACCUCAGCCGGCUACCCUGCACCAUGCCUCCCCGGGGCCCCCACCUAACCCUGGGGCUGUGUACUGA